GCAGUACUGGUGUGUGCGGUCUCUUCGGGCUGGGUAGAUUCAACGAAUGUGUCAGUGAGUGUGAAUCUGGUAAAAUAUCGCUGCAAUAUUUUCCUGUUCGACAUUUCAUCAGCUCCGUUCAACGCAUCUACAUAACAUAUCCAGAUAUAAAUAACGAAAAGUUUGUGCUCAUGGUUUCGGUACUGACAGCCUGGCCAGGUUAGACACAACUUAGCCAUGGAUGCUUCAAAGAACAAAUUGGACGCAAGUGUUCAGUUGAAAAAACUGCAAGAUGAAGAAAAUGAGUUGGUUGCAGCUGUUGCCAAGUUAAAAUGCAUUAAAAACAAACUGAAGGUGGAGGAGCUGACGCUGACUGCCGAGCUCCGGCAGCGCUCCAUGGAGGCGGCGCGCGCGCUCAGCACGGCUGGCGCCGACCGCAGCGGCGCCGCCGCGGCCGCCCCGGGCCGCCGGCCGCCGCCGCUGCUGCUGGACGUGGCGUCUGUCAGUGGCUGCCAGCUGGAGGAGGAAGACGAGGACGAGGAAAUGACCUAGCCACAGAUCAGCGCAGCGCACGGAGGACAGUUAAUAGGCAUUGGUGUUCUGAUUGCUGUCGUUAACCACUUUUGUCCAGUUUUAAUACACGGUCAACACCA